AUGCCGAUCGACAGGUGCUCAUUAAUCGACGUUCUCACCCCCCUCAAGCCUUCGACCCUUGCUGUUGUUACUUUUCCAAUUCUCCAAAGCUCCCCCUUGAUCGGUGACUUGGGGGACUACAUGACUACAAUCGGCAAGGCAAGGGAUGACGCUCGUAUCCAAGCCAAAUUGCCGAAGAUAGAGAACAAGCAAGUCCCCAACCAAGAAAACGAGGAUAAAACCAACCCUGUGGAGGCCGCGCCGAAUAGUCCAAUCGGUACCCCCUGCCGAUUCAUACAUGUUCUCCAAUCGGCGACAGCUCCUGCUCGCUCUCAAACGGCAUCGAUCGGUAUCAUAUGCCGAAAGACCUUGCGGGCGCGGUCAGAAAGCCCAGCCGAUUGUACAGGACAACCUCAAGGGUCUACGGCCGGCACCACACCGGUGCUCAAGACCUCACCUGCCGUUUCUGUCUUUAGCUCGGAUCCAGCAUCCACUUUAGUCGCAGGACGCCACGGGAAGAAGGCCCCUCCGGUCCACGAUUAUCAACAUACCUGGAAGCUCAAGUGUUGUGUUGUUCUUGAGCCCUGCCAUCUUGAGAUGGUACUUAGACAAUUUGGUCAAGUGCAGACGAUUUCUCCCAUAAUAAGUUCCCCUAACAUAAUUGGUAGUGAUGCCAAUUCUUAUAAGAUUAUGUAUGAUUAUUUAGAGGUAAUGUGGGAGAAUCGGGUGAACCACGAGUUGGGAGAGGUGUACCCGUGA